AUGAGAUUGCCUUCGUAUAGAUCCUCCCACAUACUUCGCUACCAUCCAUACCCUCGGGUCGGCCUCAGCCAACGCGAAAUUUUAACGCACAUCAUUGAGGAAGAUGACCCUUUGUUACAAAUCAACAACCCACUCAGCAGCCACAACAUUGAAUACGAGGAGGACACCUCAAACGCUCUCGAUCUCGCACGUUUACAGCCUGGUGAUGAGGAGCAAGAGGAAAAUGCCCCGAAUCCUAUAGAGGUGGUCGAGGUCCCAGAGGCAGGCGGUGAACUUCGUGACAGGCAUAGGAAACUGACGGCACUUCUCAUCGUACGUUAG